CCGAGGAGCGCAGCGGCCACUGCGCAGUGGUGGACGGAAACUUCCUCUACGUGUGGGGGGGCUACGUGGACUAAAGGGAAGAAGAAUCAAUUUAGAAAAUGUCUGAAAAGAAUGAAGGUUUAUACUACCAGAUAUUAAAACAUAUUAUGAUACUUUUAAAUCAGUGGUCCUGAUGCACACUGAGAAAGCAUGAUGGAAUGGAGAAGAAAUAACAAACAGCCAAGCAUAUAAGAGUAUUUUGUAUAUAAAAGUCUAUUGAAGACAAUGAAGUAUAUUUGCCUAAUGAUGAGAUUUGGACCUAUGAGAUUGAUAGUGGGUUGUGGACGAUGCACCUCAUGGAAGGAGAACUCCCUACCUCCAUGUCAGGAAGUUGCGGUGCUUGCAUUAAUGGAAAGCUAUACGUUUUUGGAGGAUAUGAUGACAAAGGAUACAGCAAUCGACUUUAUUUUGUUAAUUUGCGAACAAGAGAUGGAACCUAUGUUUGGGAAAAAAUCACCAACUUUGAAGGUCAACCACCCACACCACGUGAUAAACUUUCCUGCUGGGUAUAUAAAGACAGAUUAAUAUAUUUUGGUGGCUAUGGGUGUAGGAGACACAAUGAACUCCAAGAUUGUUUUGAUGUUCAUGAUGCGUCUUGGGAAGAGCAGAUAUUCUGGGGAUGGCAUAACGAUGUUCACGUAUUUGACACAAAGACACAGAGUUGGCUUCAACCAGAAAUUAAAGGUGGUGUUCCACCGCAGCCACGAGCCGCGCAUACGUGUGCAGUUCUCGGAAAUAAGGGCUAUAUCUUUGGCGGACGUGUUUUGCAAACUAGGAUGAAUGAUUUGCACUAUCUAAACUUAGAUACCUGGACCUGGUCUGGAAGGAUUCCAAUUAAUGGAGAAAACCCCAAACAUCGGUCAUGGCAUACUUUAACACCAAUAGCUGAUGAUACGCUUUUCCUAUUUGGUGGACUAAGUGCAGACAAUAUUCCAUUAAGUGAUGGUUGGAUUCAUAAUGUCUUAACAAAUUGUUGGAAACAGCUUACACAUUUACCUAAAACAAAACCCAGGUUAUGGCACACAGCCUGUUUGGGAAAAGAAAAUGAAAUAAUGGUAUUUGGUGGGAGCAAAGAUGAUUUACUUUCCUUGGAUACAGGUCAUUGUAAUGAUUUAUUGAUCUUUCAAACACAGCCUUAUUCACUACUCAGGUCAUGCCUUGACUGCAUUGGUAAAAAUGCUAUAAUUUUAGAAAGUCAGAUAUCUUUAUUACCUCCUAAACUUCUCCAACAAGUACUCAAAAAAAUAACAUUUUGGACUGCAGUUAAUCACCGAGAAGAACAAAGAGCCCAAAAAGAAGAAACAGAAAAUAAGUAUCAGUGGAUCAGUAGCAAUUAAGUUGUUAUAUACUCUAUGUAUUUAAUAUGUUUAAACAUUUUAAUCAGACUGUAUAUUUACCCCCCAGAUUGGAGGCUUUAUUUAGAAGAUAAAAUUUGAAACAAAAAUUCUAUGUUAAACUGAUUGUAUGGCAUGAGAUAUAUAGGAAGAAGAUGUUAAUGGCAGAUUAAUUUGUAUUUAUAUUUGUAAAUUAACGUAAAUUAAUUUCCUUAUAAGCUGCAGAAAAAAAAGCUAAUUUCUGAAAGUAAGUAUAAUUGUAAGAGACUUUAACUCACUGUGUCUUCUUUACUGGAAAGAUUAUACAAAUUUGAGGAGAAUAAGAAAUUACCCCAAGGACUUUAGAGAUUCCCCAACCUAAAGAUAGAUAGAUAGAUAAAAACACCUGAUAUCAACGUUCAGAAAGAAUAGAUUUUUCUCAAGUCACUUUAAAAUUACAUAAAGCUUCCCAUUAAAUGACUCAGUUAUUUAAAGAACUUCUCCUGAACUAACUAAUACAGCUGGCCAAAAUGAUAAAAUAGGCAAGCACUGCUAUGGGAUUAAAUAUUGAACUCCUACCCUUUUAGCACUUAUCUAAUAAAGUAUUCUUCCUCACCUUUGAGUAGGGGAAUAAAUGUCUUCAAUUGUUUUUCUGUUACCUCUGAGUUGUUAGUUUGUCCCAUUUUAUAUGUAUAUAAAGACCAUGUUUGAAAGUGUCUAAAGUGGAGAUUUAUUUGUGAUACAAGCUUUGAAAUAUUGAGAGGCAGUAUAGUUAUUAACUUUAGAGACACCUGAAGAUACAUUUUUCCUUGGGGGAAUACUUCUAAAGUAACUUUCAGUGAAUUAUGAAAUGGGAUGAUAACCUAGUAAUUUGCCUUUCUAGAAACCCCUCAUUUUGGCCCACACCAUUCUACAGAGUUGGUGCUCAAGACCCAGGAUGUUCAAAAUAUGUUAUCUUCCCAUUUCUUUUCAAUAUUAACUGCCUAUAAAGAAAUGGAACAUGAAUAUUUAUCUUUAUAGUCUUUAAAUAGUACUUUUGCCAUGGUUAAGAAGUUGUUCACAUAUCACAGUUGUACCCAUCCAUUGAAUUACUAAUAACAAGGAAUUACUAACAAUUUGGUAUAUAAAAUUACUGUCUACCAUACCACCAUGCACGUUGACUCUGAAAUUUAAAAUGUUGGAGUAAAUAUAUUUCUGUAUUGAA